AUGGGUCGGACAGCGGUGUCAGCAGGCGAGGACAAGCAUCGCCCGCCUGUGUGGUCGUCGCACACCAACCUCGUCGCGCUCGCGCUCCCCUCCCCACAGCAUCCGGCGCCGACCUUGUUCCCGCUCGCCCACGACGACGACCUCUUUGCCGCCCUCCCACCAGCACCGCACCGACUCGCCGUCCAGCUCACCCACCUCGCCGGAACCGCCGCCGCUCACCCGCGCGUCUCGACCCGGCUCGACCUCCCUCUCCCGCCAACCUUCCCCGCCGACUCGGCCCGCAUCUCGCACCUCUCGUUCGCCCCCGACGGCUCCCAGCUCGUUGUCACCGUGUCGGCCGGCGACUCGCAUGUCGGCGUCGACGACCUCGUCACCGUCUUCGAGCAGCGCUCGUCUUGCGUCGACGACUGGGCGUGCGUCCUCCAGGAGAGCGUCGGGCGGUUCGGCGGCGCGCGCAGUGCCAGUGGCGGAGCAGGCGUGUCGGGCAAGAGGGUGAUCGCGACGCGCUGGGUCGGCGAGCCGAGAAGGUGGUACCCUGCACCGUCCUUUCCCGAUGCGCGCGAGCAGGCCAAGAAGCCGCUGUACUGCGCUCCGCCCCGAUCAGCGCCCUUGAGCGGGACGGCGUUCGUCGUCGUCCUCUCGAGCGAGGAGAUUCUCUUUGUUCACCUCCCGAACGCCUCGACCUCGCCCGUCCCGCCCGGCGCGCCGACCGUCCUCCCCUCGAUCGUCUGCCUCCCUCUUCGACCCGCCCCGGCGCCCGCACCUCCUCCUUCCUCGCCCGAAUCGCCCUCAUCUCCACCGGCAAAGGGCCUCACCUUGCCUGCCGUCCCGACACCGCCAACACCCCUCCCGCCUCUCUCGUCCGCCCUCUUCUCCGCCGCGCCGGGUGCUCCCCUCGGCGCAGGCGCACCUCCUCCAGCCCCACCCGGCACGGUCGAGACGCCCACGCCUCAAGCGACCAUCGACGCCCUCGUCACGUCGCUCAUCCCGACCCUGCCCGCCAACGCCGCCCUCGACCCGUCGAGCACCUCGGCGACGACCGCCUCGAGCGGGCCCGCCGCAGCCGUCGCAGGGCCCAGCGGCGGCAAGUCGGCCCUCCAGGACGAGCUGCGCCUCGCGGCGUCGUCGACCGGUGCGCGAGGGUCCGGCGCGCCGGGCGAGGGCGGGCUCGUGCGCGAGCGCGAGGUGAGCCGUGCGGCGGUCGGCGCGUGCCGGAGCCGAGGCGGACGCGCAGAGACGGUUUUUGUCGUCGCGUACUGCGCGAGGGCGGUCGGGCGAAGGGGCGGGUCGGGCGCAGGGGCCGCGAGCAGGAGGGGGAGCAAGGUGGCCGUCAACGGGGCGCUCAAGGGCGACGAGGGCAAGGACGAGCAGGCGCAGAAGGAGGAGGAGGCGGCCAAGGUCGACUCGAACGACGGGUUCGACGACGACUUUGCCAUGCUCGCCGACUUUACGGCGCUCGACGAGGCGUUCGGCGGCGGCGAGACGGCGCCGGCGCCGAAGGAGGAGCCGGCGCCCGAGGACACCGGCGCGAGCGCCCGCGAGCUCGAGGAGGAGAAGGCGGAGCUCGAGGCGUGGGCGAGGGCGUUCGAGGGCGGCGACGAGGCGGACGAGGACGAGCAGUGGCGGGUCGAGCUGGCCGAGGUCAGGGUCGAAAUGGCGGCUGUCGACGGUCCUCGCCUCACCGUCCGACCACAGCCGCCUCUCUUCAUCAACCCGGCGCCCGCCUCCAGCACCGACGGCGACAGCGACUCGCCCACGCCCGUCUCGGACCCAGUCCUCACCCACCUCACCUUCCUCGGCGACGUGUCGCUCCCGCACCCCCUCCAGCUCACGUCGCACUCGCCGUCGCUCGCCUCGGACGGGUCCGAGCCCGCCGUCGACCUGUGCCUCCUCGCCGUCGUCGCCCACCCUUGUCGCCAAUCCUCCUCGUCCUCGACGCCGCCGCCACAAUGGCGCAGCACCCUGUCGUCGUACGCCCUCUCGCGCGAGGACGCCUACCCGCUCAGCGACGCGUUCCACACGCUCGAGGGCCGCAAGCUCGACGCGCCCAACGCCGUCGAGCACGAGGGCUCGUGGGCAGCACGGCACGUCGCUCGGCGAGGGGUCGGAAAGGGCGAGGAGGGCGUCCUGUGCGCGAUCGAGAUCCGGCCGGGCGGCGGCGAGUGGGCGAGCGUGAGCGGCGUGGUGGCCGAGCCGGUCGGCGGCGGCGAGGGAACGCGCACGAGGGUGCUCAGGCUCAGCUCGGUCACGCUCGAGCCGCUCGACAAGACGGCCGACGGCGCCGAGGACGAGUCGGUCGGCCUCGGUCUGCCCGGCGGACAGCUCUUCUCGGCCCUCACGACCUCGCCUAACGGUGCCCUCAUCUGCGCCAUCCCCUUCUCGACCUCCUCGUCCACCUCCUCUCCUCCCGUUCUCGCUGCAGCACCUCUUGGACGGCGCGACGACUUGCCGCACAAGCUCGCAACGCGGCUCGCCAUCGGUAUCGCUCGGCAAGGGGACGUUGGCGACCUGGUCGGGAGGGUGCGAGGGCUGGGCGAUGCAGAAGCUACCCUUUCUGUCGUACAACGCGCGCACGAGAUCCUGCGGGCGAUGGUCCCGGCCGACGCACAGCUCGACGCCUCUGCUCUCGGCCUAGAGCUGCUCGGCGUCACGACGUCGCUCUUCCGGAAUGUGCCCGAGCUGCAGGAGCGGGCCGAGGCGGCCGAGAAGAUGCUCGAGCUCGCGGCGUGCGCAAGGGCGCUCAAGCGUGCCGAGAAGCGCGAGAGGGGCGCCAUGGCCGGAGCGUGGAAGCCAGAUCUUGACGCCAUUUGGCCCGUCGUCGGACACUGCGUCUGGUUCUGCUCCGAUUUCCUCUCGACCCUCCUCGCCUCGGCCGUCAGCUCGCCGUCAUCGCCCGCCGUCGUCCUCUUCCUCCACCCGCUUUACCGCGGCCUCCUGAGCACCGUCACGAGCACGCUGCAGCACCUGAGCGCCUACCUCACGAUCGAGGGCGUCGGGAGCGAGGCGAUGGACCUGGCGAGGGGCAUCGUCGAGGAUGCGCUCGCCGGGGUGGGUCGAGGGAGGGGUUUGGUCGAGUGGGGCAAGCUGCUCGCGCAGGUCAACAGCGAGCUCGAUGGCGGUCCCGCCGUCGCGACCCUCUCGCCGCCGCUCCUCGCCUCGCUCGCCGUCCCUCCCUCCCUCGAAGCGCAAGCGACCGCCGUUCGCAACCUCAUCCUCGCCGCCUUUCCUCCACGAUCCGGCGACAAGACGACCAAGGGCGAGUCGGGCGCGCCGCCGACGCCGCCGAGGACGCCGCUCCCUUCGCCCGACUGGGACGCGGUGCGGCGAGCGCGCCUGCCCGCGCACGGUCGUGGCUGCCGGUCCUGCCUGCGGUGCGGGCGCCGCACGCUCGCGUUCGACGAGCCCGUCGUUGUGCCUGUCGUCGCCGGCGUGAGCGUUGGCGAGGGCCGGUGGAAGCGGUUCGAGGCCGAGUGGGAGGGCAGGUGCGUCUGCGGCGGCAUGUGGACGAGGGUGCGGCUCGAGGGAGGACAGUAGAACGUUUCAAAGUUAGAUUCAGCUGCC